AUUAACACUUUCCGGAUGUUUCUAAAAUGCAGAUACAGUCUGUCUUCGGUAUCCACGGGUUCCCCAUCUGCGGAUACGAGGGGCAGACUGGGCUACGCCAUUUUCCAUGAGGAGCUUGAGCCUCCACGGAUGCUGAUAUCUGCUAGGGAUGCUGGAAUCAGUCCCCUCUGCAUACCCAGGGAGGAGUGUACCUCUGAAAGGAAGUGUGAAUUAAAUUUCAAACUACAACUUCAAGCAGAAGAGAGAGGGGUCGUGUCUAUCAAAGGAGUGUGUGCAAACCGUUACCUUGCUAUGAAGGAAGAUGGAAGAUUACUGGCUUCUAAAUGUGUCACAGACGAGUGUUUCUUUUUUGAACGAUUGGAAUCUAAUAACUACAAUACUUACCGGUCAAGGAAAUACUCCAGUUGGUAUGUGGCACUGAAACGAACUGGGCAGUACAAACUUGGACCCAAAACAGGACCUGGGCAGAAAGCUAUACUUUUCCUUCCAAUGUCUGCUAAGAGCUGAUCUUAAUGGCAGCAUCUGAUCAUUUCACAUGAAAGAGGAGGUAUAUUUUAGAAAUUUGUUAAUGAAAGAAGAAAAAUGUGUACAGCUACCUGCUCAGUUUGGAUAACUGGCCAGAUAACCUUUUAUAUAAUAGUAAAAUAUUUAAUCAUUGCCUUAGUUAAAAAAAAUUCCUGGAAAAUAUAUAGAUUUCCAUUUUUUAUAUAGCAUUUGCCUUUAUCCAGUGAAGCUUACUUAGAGCUACAAUCUUUCUGAUAACGUUUGCUUCAUUUGAAAAGAGGCUUUUAAAAUGUGCACACACAAGUUUUCUUCAUGGAAAUCAUAGACAUUAGAAAAUUUAAGUGAGAUAUUUAAUCCAAAUGUCCACUACUUAUGAAUUUAACACAUUCCUGUCACAGUUUUGUAAUUGUCUGGCAGUUCCUUGUGAUAGAGUUUAUAGAACAAGCCUGUGUAAACUGCUGGAAGUUCUUCCAUGGUCAGAUCUAUCUUGUCAAACCCUUCUCUAGUACCCGUACAGCAGCAGCCUAGCCACUCUGCUGGUGAUGGGAGUUGUGUUUUCAGUCUUGACCAGGUCACUGAGAUCCAUCCACUCACACCUUAAGCAUUCUUGCUGGCAAAAAUUUAUGGUGAAUGAAUAUGGCUGUAAGCGGCAGAUGAAAUACAUGUCUGACUUCCCAAAAGCUCCGGGAUUGGUGUGUUGUUGCCGAAUACUUAGGAGGGACCUGAAUUCUGAUUUUAUACCAGUCUCUUCAAAAACUUCUCGAACUGCUGUAUCUCCUAAAGAAAAAAAAAAAUCACAUUUUUAGAAAUUUAAUCAUCCAAGAUUUUCAGACAGAUUAUUCAAAAGCAAAACUUUACCCCAGGAAAGUAGUUUUUGAUACAACUCUGUCUUCUGGACAUCAUGAGAUACCAAAGCUUCAAAGCUAAGAAGCUUCUGAAGUCAGAGGAGAUUCCUCUAUAACCAUUUGGUCAUGCUCUUCUGCUUAUCCUGUCAGUGGAAUCCCACCAUGGUAACGUUUGGCAUUUUGUGUUUUGAGAUUCCAAAGAACUUGGAUUCUUUCCUCCAAUACUCAAAAUGCCACAGUCCUUUAUCUCAUCAAAAGUUUUUAAAAGCCUGCAAUUUAUAGAAUUUUAUAAUACAAGGGUCUUCACAUUUUACAGGGUUGAUUUUUUAAAUACUAUGCAAAUUUCUGGGGCAGUAUUUUUACUGCCAUUAAUGUAUUUUUGUAGUGCUUUUUUUAAAUAUCCAGAUGAACCUCCUCCAUGGGACUUCUCUAACUCUGUGAUGCUUUGUCAGUGUCUCCCAGAGUGUUUAUGAGAAGCCCUUAAAAAAGCCUUCCUUGCCUAUUUGUUGGGAAGUUUCACUAUUGCCACAUGCAUAAUUAAUUUUUGUUCAAAUAACCUUUAAUGCCUCCAUUUUCUUAUCUGUCAAAUUGCAAAUUAUAUUUGCCUUUUGAGUAGUCCUGCUGGUAAACAGGCAAGGAAGAUAAAGUGAGGGGAAAAUGUCUCAAUUCCUGUGUGCUCUGAAAUAGACUAUCUUACCAAUUCCCUGGAUAUGCUCUUGUUUAUACCCAUCAAGAAACAGCUCUGGAAAUAUACAGAGGAAGAGUAAAGAGUUUAAAAAUGCAGACAGAUGUCUUUUUUUAAACUAUGUGCUGACUCUCCUUAUAAUUGAGAUUUGCUAUAGAUUAAACAUGGUUAGAAAUUACAUUUUUAAACUAUAAACAUAAUUCAUAUGUUAAGAAAAAAUUUGCCUUAAUAGGAAAAAUUAUUUUCAGUGGUAUACAUGUUUGUUAAAGAUUG